CAAACACAGGCAUUAUACCAGCUUUGGUCUAAUUCCACGAGUCAAAGCAGACAAAGGGCAUCGGUGAACACAAGCCUUAACUCUACCCGUGAUGUCACGAGUGGCUGGUGAAAUCCAACACCACCAGCUUGAGUUGUGUUGGGGUGAAGACGGUUCCCUUUUGCAUCAGUGCAAGUUUAGGCACAUAGCAGGAGGAACCACCGCCUGGAGGUAAAGACGCGCAGGGCUGGAUGUGCAGUCGAGUCGGAGACCGCAGUGUGUGAGAGCAGCGCUGCUUCUCUGAGUCGAGUUAACUCAGCAGACACACACAAACAAAAACUAAGUGUUCAAACCUUUUUUUGUUUUUUGUUUUUUUCGAACCACCGUGCGUAACCGUCGCGCGUCUCCACGUUUGGAUCCACCGCGCGUUUUCGUGCGUAAAUGAUCUGAGAGGGUUCGAAGGAGUGUGUGUGUAUGUUUGUGAGAGAGAGAGAGAGAGCGAGCGAGAACGAGUGAGGGAGUGAGUGAGAGAGAGAGUGAGAGAGAGAGGGGAAAGAGAGAGAGAGAGAGAGCUCUCCUCAGGACUCGCUGCUGUACGAUGAGGAAAUUCUGAGGUGGCACUUCUCCUCCGUACACUUUACGCCUACUCUGGCUCCCACCACCACCAGGCUUAGCCCAUGAACAGGCAUCCUCGCGCGUGUGAUUCUGUUUUCACCCAGAUCUCUGCUGCCUGGACAAAUGCAUACAAAUGCAUUUAGGAGCUCAACGGACAAGGAGUGGACACGUUUCCGCGGCUGCAACGUGGAACUUCCUCCUGCUCCUGUCAGUAUGCUCAGCAGUGCUCUCUGGAGACGAACACUAUCUAUCUCAAGGAGUGGAUAUUCUCUAUCGAUUGGGGCUCACGGAUCAAACCACAGACGAUCCCUACGAGAAGGAAAGCUCACCUUCGACUUCUUACACCACUGUUCCCUCACACUUAACUCUUCCUGUUUCUGGAUAUGGAGUACUACUCGACUCAAACUCCUUCUAUGAGGCUCCAGCAGGAAGUCUUUUCCCACCAGAGAUUGGUGAGGAGUUUUCCGUCGUGGUUAGUCUAAGCUCCUGGCGAGCGAACAAUGCUUUUCUUUUUACUGUUAAAGAUGGCAGGGACAGGCUGCGUUUUGGCAUCCAGCUGCUGCCGCGCAGGGUGGUGGUCUACACUGCAGAGAAGGCCUCCAUCUACUUCAACUAUAACUGGCAGGAUGGACGCCAGCAUCCUUUCGCUGUUGCCGUUCGUCCUCGCUCUGUGUCCUUCUAUGCAGAUUGUGGAGCGGUGCAUCAACAGGAACAAACCCUGGGGAGAUCUCAGUCGCUCGGGGACUCCGGGGGUCUCUUCACUCUGGGGAGGAUGAACUCUAAAUCCGCAACGUUCAACGGUCGAGUCUGCCAACUAGAUAUCUAUCCCUCAGCCCAGGCUGCUGCGCACUACUGCAGCUACCUUAAAAAACAGUGCCGACUGGCCGACACUUACCGAUUGCCUUUGCCAAAUCCCGGUUUGGCUACUGAGGCAAAUGAACCCCCUUCUAUUGCGUUGACAAACUCCUUUGUUGGAGUAGCAGCUACUCAUCAGACUCCCACCAAAAUCACAGCAGCUGUCAAACUAUCCCCAGGAACUCUGGUCACACAGACCUCGGCUAUGAGUCCAUCAGCAGACCCUAGUCUGGGGCACCAGAGCCACAUUUCUGCUUUGGAUCCCCUUGCUCACUCCACCGCAUCCUUGCUUCAGCCGGAAAGUCCUACCAUAGCAACCCUGAAGGCGCAAGCAGCUUUGGAUCUUGUCUACAGCACAAGGGAAAACGUUUUGAUAAAAGGGAGUACGCCCCAAGGGGAUAACGAUUCCUCCGAGAACAGCACAGAGGAAGAGAGCCUGCCGACUCCAGACGCCAACCCAGGCCUGAGCCCUCAUGUGAGGCUAAGUCGAGUGAAGGAAGGACUCAGGAACAACUCCAUCAUCAGCUCCAGGGACUCUGGCUUUGGCUCCGAACACACCCAUCAGGCCCAAGGCCCUCAUGUGAGAGUCAACGGCACCACGUUGUACAGGGAGAACCAGGUGGACACCUCAGAACAGCAUGAUCCGGAUGGCAGCUACGAUGAUGUCGACAUGGAAGGGUAUGAUUAUGGAUAUGAGGAACCGGAUUUCUUGUACGACUACGAAGACGGUUUCCCCGGCCCCAAAGGAGAACCAGGUCCUCCGGGUCCGCCUGGUCCUCCUGGUUUACCUGGUCCUCAGGGACAAAGAGGCACUCGGGGUCCUACUGGUCCACAUGGAAAUGCAGGAGAGCCUGGACCCCCUGGGCCCAAGGGUUCGAAGGGAGACCCCGGACUGUCCCCCGGUCAGGCUCUACCAGGAGACAAGGGUGACAGAGGUCCACCAGGUUUGCCCGGGUCAAAUGGAUUUCAAGGUCUACCGGGUCCCAAAGGUUAUCCAGGCCCCCUUGGAUUGCCAGGAGAAAGAGGCAUACCAGGACCUCCUGGGGAAGCGGGAGCUGCAGGUUACCCUGGCAGGCAGGGCUCAGCCGGGCCGCAAGGUAACCCAGGUCCUAAAGGUGUCCGCGGUUUCAUUGGUCUUCCUGGUGUUGCUGGGCCAUUUGGACUGGAGGGGGAGAAAGGAAUUCCUGGUCCUGUUGGAAAACCUGGCCCCAAAGGAAGACACGGUGUGGUGGGCGAUGUAGGCGAGAGGGGGCCUCCUGGUCCUGAUGGAAAUGAGGGGCCUGUUGGUGGGAUUGGCAUCAGCGGCUUUCCCGGUCUAAGGGGGGGCUCAGGGCCUGAGGGACCACAAGGGCUGGCUGGUAUGAUGGGACCUCAGGGCCCAGCAGGACGAGCCGGCCUGCCUGGAUUGAAAGGUGAUAAGGGUGAAGUUGGACCGAGGGGCGAGCCAGGAGAGACGGGCUCCCAAGGUGACAAGGGAGCUGCCGGUUCACCUGGUCCCGCCGGGCCAAAAGGGAAACCAGGACCAUCGGGCAAAAUGGGUGAGCUCGGGGCAGAAGGACCAGCUGGGCCUCCAGGACCGGAGGGGUUUCCUGGGGACAUCGGAGUGCCAGGGCCCAACGGUCCACCUGGACCAAAGGGUUUGCUGGGAGCCAGAGGGCCACAGGGUCCGCCGGGGCCAAAAGGAACAGAGGGGGAUGAAGGACCACUCGGCCCACCUGGCAGCGCCGGCCCAACUGGGAGACCCGGGAGGAAAGGCCACAUCGGGGAACCUGGACCUGACGGAUUAGAGGGAGAGAAAGGAGACUUGGGAAACGUCGGAAAAAUCGGAGCACAAGGUCCGGCAGGCCUGAUCGGAAUAGCUGGUGCGAUGGGAGUUCCUGGUGAAAAGGGCGACCGAGGACCAGCUGGGCCGACGGGUCCACUCGGAGAGACGGGGCCGCGGGGCUAUCCAGGAAUACCAGGAAGUCCAGGAGACUUCGGCUUGCAAGGGGCAGCUGGUCCUCAGGGGCUGAGGGGAACUCAGGGCAUCGCUGGGCCGAAGGGCAGGAGGGGGCCCCUGGGUCCUGAUGGUCCACUGGGAGAGCCAGGCGCAGAGGGCACCAAGGGCGAACGGGGGGACAUUGGACAGAAAGGAGAACCAGGAUUCAUUGGAAAGGCCGGCGGUCCAGGAGAGAGAGGCCCAGCCGGAAAACCUGGUAAAGCAGGAGUUCCAGGCAGCAGCGGGGAGAGGGGACCACACGGUGAACCAGGACCCAAAGGACCUGCUGGAGAAGCUGGACCCGAUGGAGAGCCAGGCCCUGGGGGUGGGCCAGGUGCAGAGGGGGAACCAGGUGCCAUCGGAGAGCUGGGUUCAAAGGGUGAUGCUGGGCCUCCAGGAGCUGAAGGGGAGCAGGGGCAGGAGGGGAUACGAGGUCCCCCUGGUCCCCCUGGUGAAGACGGGCCACAAGGGAAAGAUGGACACAAGGGGGAGCCUGGUGAGCGAGGGCCACUCGGAGAGCCAGGUGACAAAGGGAUAGAAGGAGACCCUGGGCCCCCGGGACCACCUGGAGGGCCUGGAAAACAAGGCUUUCGGGGGCCUGAAGGAAAACUGGGGUCACCUGGGAACAGAGGACGACAUGGGAAGAAGGGAGAGAAAGGUCCUCCGGGUCUUGUUGGUGAGCUCGGCGAACGGGGAGACAUCGGCCAGCCGGGCGAGCCGGGGCUGAAAGGUGCCAGAGGAACCCGAGGAACACCAGGUCAGCUGGGUGUCAUGGGAAUAGAGGGACAACCGGGACUGACAGGAUACACAGGUCACCUUGGCAAGACCGGGCCCAUUGGACCACCGGGGCCUAAAGGGGAAAAGGGUUACCCAGGCGAGGACAAUAAGAUUCCAGGACCGCCCGGGCCCUUAGGUGAACCAGGGCCCCCAGGAGAACGAGGAGAGCGCGGAGAGCCGGGCGAUGAAGGGUAUCAGGGCCAUACUGGUACGUUUGGAUCUCGUGGGGCAGUUGGACCACCAGGCCCACCGGGAUCACCAGGCGUUCCUGGAGAACUGGGUCCAAAGGGAGAGAUCGGACCUGAGGGCUCAGCGGGGAAGAAAGGAGCACGAGGCCUGACCGGAGCUCCUGGGAUUGAAGGGCGUGGUGGGUCACCUGGACUCGUGGGAAUGAUCGGAUACCCAGGGCUCGACGGUCCCACAGGACUGAGCGGCUUCACAGGACUACCAGGAUUAAAGGGACGCCAGGGUCAGAGAGGCUUGUUGGGACUCGAGGGACCUGCUGGACGUCCAGGUCCCAGGGGAGAGGUUGGACUUCCUGGACCUUCUGGAGAAGAUGGACCCACUGGUCACAAGGGGGAGUCUGGUCUUCCGGGGGACAGGGGGACGUCAGGAAUCAAAGGCAUAGAGGGGACUUCUGGGGACCAGGGCAGGACAGGUGACCCGGGACCCAAAGGACAACUAGGAGAAUCUGGAGAUCUGGGGAUGGUUGGUUUAAAGGGGUUUCCAGGACCAAAGGGGCCGAAUGGUGAUUUUGGAUUUCGAGGGUUCCCCGGCCCUAAAGGCCCGAUGGGAACUCUGGGAUUCUCUGGACCUGUUGGCCCUGAAGGAAUGAUCGGCCCGAUAGGGAAACCUGGGCCACGGGGUCCAAAAGGAAACUACGGUGAAAUGGGGCCUCAGGGACCACAAGGAAAUCCAGGACCCACAGGACCCCCUGGAGCUCCCGGUCCAACAAGGCGGAUAUAUGACGACUCUGUGUUCUACGGUCGAUCCGACUCUCAUGCUGACCCCAGGACAGAGAGUUUCCAGAACACAGAGGUGAGCCUGCCCGACCAGAACACGGAGAUCCUGCAGACCCUUCAGUAUCUGAGCAGUGUGAUCGAGAGCAUCAAAAGGCCUCUGGGCACCAGGGAGAACCCGGCUCGCGUCUGCAAGGAUCUGCUGGAAUGUCAACACAAAGUCCAAGAUGGUUGGUUCUGGGCUGAUCCCAAUCUGGGCUGCACUUCUGAUGCCUUCAGGGUCUUCUGUAACUUCACCGCAGGAGGACAGACCUGUUUACAUCCACUGGCCCCGAAUAAGAUGGCGUUCGGUGUCGGCAAAGUCCAAAUGAAAUUCCUUCACCUGUUAAGCACUGAGGCCAGACACAGCAUCACGCUCCACUGCCUGAACGAUCCACCCAACGUCCCCGCAGACGGCUUCACCUCCACCGGGCCGGUACACCACGAAGACAUCACUCUGCUGUUCCGUGGCUGGAACAAACAGGCGUUCGAGAAAGACACGCUACUCGAACCACAUGUGCUGCAAGACGAGUGCAAGAUCCAGGACGGGAGCUGGCACCAGUCACGUUUCCUCUUCCACACUCAGGACAGUCGUCAGCUCCCGAUAGUAGACGUGCAGGGACUCACACCCACAUCAUCGCCCGACAGCCAGCAGCAUCUCGAAAUCGGUCCGGUCUGCUUCCUCUGACUCCAGCAUCACCGUCCUCUGACCCCCUCACAUCAAACUGCGUCAAUGCAAGGCGGUUUCAAAAUGGCUUGAAGGCUUGAAGACCAAGCCUGAGGGAGAGCGUCCACGGGAGUCGGUCCUCGUCCUCGGGGCGUGUUGAUGGGACUUUUGUGAGAGUAACAAAAACGCUUGGUGUCCAGCUGAAGGCAGAACUUCAGGAACUCGAUCUCUUGGAACAUCCAGGCCAAGAAUCCAAGAAGAGAACCGUGUAUAACAAUAUUUAUCAAAUACAUGUGUAGCCUACUUUUUUUGUUUGUUUUAAUUUGCAGUCAAAUGGUGCUUAGGUCGGCUGUACAUGGACCCACGUUAGUCCCUGACCACAGGGCCGGGCCUCACUAAGCCGCCGCCGGUCCGAACCCCCAAAACACACACACAAACACACACCAUCCUACACAGGGGCCGAACCCGAAGGAGCGUGCCAGGCCUCGACACAGGAGCACUGUCCAACUAAAGGUUUAUAUGAGUGCAAUAGCAUGUGGAUGAUAACGUGUGACUUUUGAAUAGUUCAUUUUUUUCCAAUCAAAGGCCUUAUUUUACAUUGUUUUUCAUGACAUGUGUUUCAGUCCCGCUCAGUCGGACCUGCUCAUCCUGACGGAUGGAGCUCUACCUCUACCCGCUCAUUUGCUUUUUCUAGAAUAGUCGCUAAUGUCGAGUUAGUCCGUUUUGCCUUUUUCGUGUUGUAUGUACCGGUUACAUCAAGAUGUGUUCAAUUGUACAAGUACCUAUGUUGAUUUGGUCAUUUCUAAUUUAUGAACCAGUUUUUGUUUUUUUUGCUUUUUUGAUACACCACAUAUUUUUGUAGCUUUUCCGUCUAUGUGGCAGGUUGUUCAGGGGAAACCUACCAUUGGUGCUGCAACACACAAUUAGUCAUCAGCGAGUUUUUGCAUUUCCUGUGUAUAUAUUGACAGCAUACUGUAUGUUUAUUUAUAUCCUUUUUUUUGCUCACAUCACUGUAUCACAGUAAAUUAUACUCAGAGAGAAAUACUUGGUCAACCACAACUCAGUCUGAAGAAGUAUUUAUGUUCUUAAGGUGUGUUUGUGUGUUGGACUGGCAGCUACCAUAAGCCAGAGUUAGAAUACACACACACAAACACACACACACACACACACACACACACAACUCAGUCAUUUCAUAUCCUUAACUUAUAUUACCUUGAACAAAGUGUAAUUAUAUAAAGUCUGUGGCGGAUUCAGUCGGAUGCUGAUGUGUAAAUAAUAAACAAGUUGUCAAACAAUUAAAUGAAACCUUUUAUCCACAA